AUGGCCCUUCCCUGCUCUUGGAUCACCACCCUUCGAAUCCUCGCCUCAGGUCGACUUUCUCCCAGUAUGCCACCCAAAGUCAAAGUCCAGGCUGACACAAUUCCUGACCGACCUGUCUACCAUCAUUGGUUGCUCAAGGUAAGACCACUUCUCUAGCACACGCGCCUCGACGCGACGAGUCGAUCAGCCCGGAUCAGACGCAUGGGGACUGAUGGGCAGCUUCUCUAGGCUGAACCGGACACGAGGAUCGAAAAAGGCGUGGACGUCAAAUUCUCGGUAGACGAUUUCGAAAAGUGUAAAGUCACGGCAUGGGAGGGCGUAAGGUGCGUAGUAUUCCAUUCCCCCGCGAGGAGCAGCCUCCUGCACACAGUCGCACUCAUCCCCCACACUUCCCUCCCAGAAACCACCAAGCCAAACGCUAUCUCAAAGAAGAAAUGAAGAUCAACGACCCGUGCCUCUUCUACGCGUCUAAUUGCAAAACCCCCGGCAUCACGGCCCUAGCCAAAGUCAAACGCGAAGGAUACCCGGACCACAACGCCUGGGACGCUAAACAUCCUUACUACGAUCCCAAAUCAUCGUCCGAAACACCGACGUGGUUCAUGAUCGAUUUGGAGUUCGUUGAGAGGUUACCUCACAUGGUGCCGCUCAAACUGUUGCAGACUCUGGCGACGACGGAACAUGCGACCUUGCCGGUUGAAGUGAAGGAGUAUAUCAAGCCCCAGCAUCUCGAAGCGAUAAAAGGUAGUGCUUUGAUCAGUCGGGGGAGACUGAGCGUGCAAGGGUGUACGGACGAGUUUUACGGCGCUGUCAAGCAGUUGGGGCAACGAGGGGGGUGGCAGGAAUGGUUUAAGGGGCCGUCAAUUUCAGACGGCGCUGCCAAGGCAAAGACUCCUUCUCCCACCAAGCGAGCAAAGGUCCAAGAAGAGGAAGAGAAGCCAGUUGGGAAGAGGGCCAAGAAGGUGGACCCAAAAGCAGCAAGUGGCAACUCGACGACGGAGACGCGACGGACAUGGUCCAGCCGAUGA